AGUCCGCUCACUCCCCGUCUCCUCUCUCUCUCACGCACCGAUCCAAAGCGGCGGAGCGGUCUUGUGGUGGUGCCGAAGAUUUACUUUUUGUGCGCUCUCAUUCCGUCUCUCGAAUGGUGCCCUAAUUCUUAGUUUCUCGUUGCGUUUGAAGAAAAGCCUCUUUUGUCGAGAUUCAUUUCUCAUCUCCAACUAAUCGGCUGAUUAGUUGCGGGUUUCUUGGAUCUGAUCACGGGAAUACUCAUGGCUUCGGAGCAGAUAAACCCAAGAGAUGUAUGUAUUGUUGGUGUUGCACGUACACCUAUGGGUGGAUUUCUUGGUGCUUUGUCAUCUCUAUCUGCAACACAGCUUGGGUCUAUUGCCAUUAAGCAUGCUCUCAAAAGGGCAAACAUAGAUCCCUCACUCGUUCAAGAAGUCUUUUUUGGCAAUGUCCUGAGUGCAAAUCUUGGUCAAGCUCCUGCCAGGCAGGCUGCUCUAGGUUCUGGAGUGCCAAAUUCUGUUGUUUGCACCACCAUAAACAAAGUUUGUGCAUCUGGAAUGAAGGCUACAAUGCUUGCAGCACAAAGUAUCCAGCUGGGUGUUAAUGAUGUAGUUGUAGCCGGUGGCAUGGAAAGUAUGUCAAAUGCUCCCAAGUAUAUUGCAGAAGCAAGAAAAGGAUCUCGAUUUGGGCAUGACACACUCGUUGAUGGAAUGCUUAAAGAUGGUCUGUGGGAUGUCUAUAAUGAUUUUGCCAUGGGAAUGUGUGCUGAACUAUGUGCUGUUAAUUAUUCAAUAACAAGAGAAGAGCAGGAUGCUUUUGCUAUUCAGAGCAAUGAACGUGGAAUAGCUGCUCGUGACUCUAAUGCAUUCACAUGGGAAAUUGCUCCAGUUGAAGUUUCUGCAGGUAGAGGAAGACCAUCAGUGAUUAUCGACAAGGAUGAAAGCCUUGACAAAUUUGAUCCUGUUAAACUAAGAAAGCUCAGGCCAAGUUUUAAGGAGAACGGUGGGACAGUAACGGCUGGAAAUGCAUCUAGUAUAAGUGAUGGAGCUGCUGCUUUGGUUCUUGUGAGUGGGAAGAAGGCUUUAGAAUUAGGAUUGCAAGUGAUUGCAAAGAUCAGAGGUUAUGCUGACUCUGCACAGGCCCCUGAAUUAUUUACGACAACACCAGCACUUGCAAUUCCCAAAGCUAUUUCAAAUGCCAGCUUGGAUGCUUCUCAAGUUGAUUACUAUGAAAUAAACGAAGCUUUCUCUGUUGUUGCCCUAGCAAACCAGAAGCUUCUUUCGCUUCCAUCGGAGAAAGUUAAUGUGCAUGGCGGAGCUGUAUCCUUGGGACACCCUCUAGGUUGCAGUGGAGCUCGUAUACUAGUUACCUUACUUGGGGUUUUGAGACACAGAAAUGGCAAAGUUGGAGUUGCUGGUGUUUGCAAUGGUGGAGGCGGCGCAUCUGCCUUGGUCUUUGAGCUCGUGCCUCAUGGAGGAAUAAAGUGAUCGCCUGUUGUGAGGUGAACCAGAGGCUUCCAUAGUAGAACAACUAUUUUCCUUGGGAAUUUCUAAAUCUUGGGAAUAAAAGAGAGGAAUGUUCUUUAGGAGAAUUGAAAACCCACAGCUACUUUGCCAAAUGAUGGUGUGUGCAAUGUCUUACAUAAUCAACUCAACUAUUUUCAUCAAACUUCUGUCACCGUAGCUACUCAUAUUAUACAAAUACUCGUGCCUUAAGUUUCAAA